CCCGUUUUUUCGGUAUAUUUUUAGCAAUAUCGCGUAUAAAUACUCCAUCGCAGAGAUACGUUAUUUUAAUGUAACGCCGAUGAUCAACGAUCGCGACGAAAAUGAACAAGGGCUGCUGGAAGUUCGACGAGGAGGACAAAGCCUUGUACAUAGACCUGGAGCCAGAGGAAACGGAUGAGGAUAAGACGUACAGCUCCUGGGAUCAGACACCUGACAUACUUUUGGAGGAGAUAUUCUCAUACCUGACUAUCCGCGAGCGUUACUACGCAUCCCUGGUGUGUCGCUCGUGGUAUCGCGCCUUUAAACUGCGAAAUGUAUGGUCCACGUUUACUCUGGAGGACACCACCCUCACAAGGGGCAAGUUCAACUACUACAGCGGCUGGCAAUAUGUGCUGGACCACAUGAGAACGUCCACCUGCCUGAACAAAGUCGGAAGGAACUUCCGUUCGCUCAUAUUCGAGCCCAUGUUGAACUUCUACAAUCUCUACGAGUUCAUGAACAUGAUUUCGUGGUAUGCCGAGCAACAGGGCUCGGACAACACCUCCGUGGCCGGUGUGGGUACUUACAUACGAAGGCUUAAGUUUACCUUUCCCUGUAACAUGGCGAAUAGGGAUGACCCUGAUCGAAUCAGACUCUUUGGCACAGGCGGCAAGCUACUCGAAGCGCUCAAGAGGCUCAUGAGAAAUUUGCAGAAUCUCAGAUGUUUGGAGCUGAUCGACCUGAUGCUCGACAGCAAAGAAGCCUUACACUUGAUGGACGACAUUUGUACCAAUUGCACUCAGACCCUGUCGAAACUGGUGCUGAUCAACACCACGCGUUACGUUUGCCCAUUGCUGCACGUGGGAGUAUUUAUCAAUUUAAACGUCUUAGUCGUAAGUCCGCAGAAUCUGCACGAGGACAUAAUAGAGCUGAUAGGCUAUACGAGAUUGGAGCAUCUGCAUAUUUUGCAAAACCGAUACAGCCCGAAGGAUACCACCGUAAGAUUGCCAAAGAGAGUCUCGUGGAUGAAGAUGAGGGCGCACAAUCCGCACCUGAAGGUGCAUUUCGAGGUGGAGAGCCACAAGCCGACGGACAUUCUUUUGCCCAUCGACCUGCUGGAACACAGUUCCAUACCUUGCCACAGUAUAGUCUUGGACAAUCCGAACACGCAGAUCUCGCCGUCCACGAUACUCACCCACGGGGCGUUCUUCGACUCGACGAUACGAGUGUACGCCUUCAAGGGGAUAGCUAGGUACUACAUGGACAGGAGCUUCGCGGCGAGGUUGGACGAGGCGCUGGUGCAGUUCUGUAAAAUGUGCCCGUACCUGCACACCCUGCGUCUUUCAUGGCAUGCUGGUAUGCGUUCGCACCCGUCACACACUGUGAAGGGCUUCCUCCGCUAUAUGAUUCGCGACAAGAUAUCCACAGCGACGAUUCUGGAGAUCGCGUCCACCGCGAAACGCCUGCGUUGCUUAUACGUGCGGCGCAACGUCGUGCUGAAGAGAUGCGACCGAGACUGGUCGAGGAUUCUCGACUGGUCGCCCGAGCACCACGAAUGGAUCAAGGUAAAUAGUCGUAGCUACGAGAGUACGGAGAGGGAAGUGUCGAAGAUACUGCGCUACCGAUGGCACAUGCUGUCCGAGAGAGAGUUUAAGGAACAAACAAUCAAUAUGCACAUAUAGCGUCGCCGAGACGCUCGCUUCUCCGCGUAGAGCGCAGCAAAGAGAACUUAGCCGCGUUGAAGAAGAAAAAAGAUUCUUUUUAUACUAAUACGUCUCUCAAGGAGAGACAAGGCUGUAGAUCGUUGCCCACCAUGACUGAACACGCUUAUGAUAUUAUUAUUUAGUGUUAACGUUUAAUUUUAUUUCUACGGUACGCUUUAUAUGUACGAUCUUUUCCGCAAGAAAGUAUACGACAGCAACAUGUCGAGAAUAUAUACAAUCUAGAUAAAAAGGACUGUAGUACAUCGAAGUAGACUGAAAAAGAUAUUGCACAGUUACUUGGUAAUAAAUCCAAUCGCAUUCAUUGGCAAUUAUUACUUGGCAUCUUCUUGGCAUGCCUUCGACUAGUAUUUCAGCAUAUUCAAGUGGUAAAGAACUUCCUGAUUCUAGUCGAUAGCUGCUUGAGAAUAAAGACCUUUUUCCCCUCUUAGUUUCUGUACUUUAUGUAAGAUUAUAUAUUCUCAGUUGGAUUCGCGUUUAGGGAUGACGUAGGCAAGGCCAACCCACUGUGAUGAUGCUAUUUUCAGUUUUCAUGCAAAGGCAACGUCGGUGGUGGUCGUUGCUUUCCUGAAACUCCCAAUCGUCUCUAUUUCUCCCAGGAAAUUUCUCAGCAGACGUUAAGAAAACAUUUCUGGUCUGAUGGUGUUUGUAUUAAUGUUUAUGCCUUUUUCAGGAAGCCAGUCCCGAGUUUGGGCGCAAUGUUAGCACAGAGUUUCAUUCAAAUAGUCGAAUGAUCGUUUUGUCCUCUUUCGACGUCGUCGUACAGAUCAAACCCUUUUCGAGCAGGUCAUCAACAUUCACUUUAGUUCUUCGUACUGUUCCACUCACCUCUGAAUGAAUUGGACUUCCCAAGUCACCUUGAAGCUUGAGCAUACGUUAAUUUUGGUUGUAUAAAAAAAAACUAAAACCACUGUCUUGUAAUGCUUGAGAUACUUUGCACUCGUGAAAAUUUUCACUCUAACAAAGGACAACGUUCAAAAUAACAACAAAGUAUAUACUGUGCAAGCGGGCAAACGCUUUGAUCUUUUCAAUGUCAUACAGCAGUUGACGCUACAGUCAACAGUCUUGAAUCAAAGCUGUGCACUUUCUUGCGGAAAGGCUGUGUAUAUCUGUAGAUUGUUAUUGUAAAGAUGUUGUUACUGCGGAGAUUAUUAUAACGAAGAGACGGACAGAAAAUAUAUGUAUUCGCAGCGUUAUUUUCGCUCUACGAUAUUGCAAUAUUUUACGACGGAAGUGACUGUGAUCGAUAUAUAUUUAACGGCGCAUUCAAUAACCAGACAUACGCGUUUGGACUGUUCCCCUCUGCGGAUGAGCUUGUUUGAAUAAGCGUAACGACAAUAAAAGUAGGUGAACAAAAUCAUCUCACGCUCACAUUUCUAUCUGUAUUCUCGUUUAUUCGAACGUACGUCAUCAUAGCUUACGUGUAAUUAUGUACAAUGCUAGUAAAUAUCUCGUACACCUUAAUUACAUAUGCAUAGUCACUGUUAAUAUGCAAAAUAAUCCCGACCAAUGAAGAGGUGUGUGUAGCAAUCUUUUCCGUGUGUUAUUUAACGUCAUUCCCAAAAAACGAGACAAUUUCCACCCGUAGCCGUUAAAAUAUUAUACAAUUUGAUUAUCAAAAUCAACAGAUACAACAUACAUCCAUGAGACAACAAUGAUAAUCAAAAGUAACAAUAAAACAGUAUCACAUUGAUCGGUAUAAGAAUUCGGUAAAACGCUCCAUAAAAUCCAAGUAAUUUAACUACAGUGAACGCGCACGUGUAAUCGUUGUUAUCGUACCGGUAUUACUGUCGUAUGUACACGUAUUUAACUUUCGCACAUAUUAACAUGUGUAUAUAUACACGGUCUAUCGAAAAAGUUCCGAGACUGACUUCAUUAAAAAUCGUGAAAUCGAAAUAUAUCUAUAUAUAUAAAUUUUAUUAAUUACAAUGUUUCCAACAUACCCCCCCCCCCUAGUGUCAACGCUAUGUUGCGAACGUUCUUUCAACUGUUACUUCUACACCGGAAGUUCCUACAGUAGAUUUCUUUCGGGAUAGUUUUCAAUUUCUUUGUCACGUUCGCCCGAAUAUUCAGGAUAUCGACAAAUAACCGCUCUCCUUUCAUUUGAAUGUUUAAUUUUGGAAAUAAAAAAAGUGCCGCAGCCAAAUCUAGCGAGUUACAGAGAUUGUUGAACGCAUUGGCACAUAUUUACGGACCGAAAACCGAGCUGCGAUUGCCGUGGGGUGCAGCAGGAAAAAUCCCGUUCGGCGUAACGCCGUGGACAAAUGCAUUUUUGUACCAAAUGACGAUCGAGCACCUCCAGGUAGUACUAGACAGUGAUUGUGAUGCUGAGAAAAACAAAUUCAUGAUGAAUCACGCCGUUCACGUCGGUGAUGCUUGUGGAGUAACGACCCGAGGUCUUGGGUCGUCUUCUAACGAUUCCUUCACGGAAACAUUUAUACCAUUCGAACACACGUGAAUGUGACCAGGCACUUUUCAUCUCGCACGCCUGUUUCGUUAAAUUAUACACUGUCGCUUUUUGAAUUUUACAAAAUUUGAGAGCAGCGCGCUGCUCCAUCAUGACAAUUAUAACGAACACGAUAAUCUUACGAGAAAAAAAAAAAAUGCGCGGCCACCACUCGGAACGUACUGCCGGUGACGUGAGACAAAUCUUGUGAGUAGUCGAGCGUUAGUACUUUAAAAGAAAAAAAAAUUCCGCGCUGAAAAGCAUCGAAGGAAUAUUGUUACUUGUUUGUUCAGGAAAAAAUCAGUCUUAGAACUUGUCAAACAGACCCUGUAAUACAUACUGUAUAUGUGUAUAUAUAUACACGCUGAAUUUCACUUAAUAUCAUUGUAUAAAUUAGCUGUACCUGCUGAAACGCGGGCAAACUGACCGCGUUUCGACCGCGUCCACAUGAAGUUCCCCGCGAACGGGGAAUCUAUGUGUACAAGAUCCGUGUGCAAUUUCGACCCGACGACGAUAUUCGACGAGGAAAACUGUAAUUCGCUAUCGAAUUUCACAAUAAAUAACAAAUUGAAUUA